AUGCCUGGAAUCUCGCCCCAAAACUACACAUUCACAAAGCCCGUCAAUGAGUCGCUAGAAAUCUCGCUCACGUACGAGGCGGUGGCCGGGCAGCCGGGGAAAUUCGACUGUUUUUUGGAGUUGGCCAAUACCCACGGCGCACCGCACGACCAUGGCACCGAAACCAAUGGUUCACAAAAACCCGCCGAAAACACGGGACCCGGCAGCAAUGGCACGCAAAGUAGCAGGGGCUGGCUCGACUCGUUCUGGGGCUCUGAAUCCGCGCGGUUGGUGGAACAGGGACCUCCCGAAGUGCCGCUUCUUCUAGGCUACAUCCAGAUGUUGGGCUAUGUGCGGCUCAACCACCAGAUCGGCGCCGAGACGGGCGCCGAAAGCUCGCUGGCGGUGUACUGGCAUAACCACGAGUACGCGAGCCACUACUGCAGCGACGAUUGCGACGAGAAAGUCCAGGAUCUCCUCCACACAGAGCUCUUUGACGGGCGCAAGCAGGACACGUCCAGCGGGCCGGCCAAGUCCAGCACGAUUGGCGGGGUGCCCGAUCUCCACGCCCGGGCUUUUGACCCCACGGCCCACUAUUUGCUCCACGAUCUAGUGCACCCGUUUGGCACCAUGGACAUGCCGCCAGCCAACGCGCCGCCGCUCUCUAGCCACCAGCAGGAGGAGCUUGCGACGAGUCUCUCGAGGUAUGUGGCUCCCAUCUACGUGACCGCCCAGCACCUUAUUUUUGCCAGCACCACGAUCUUGCCUGGCCAGAAGUGUGUGUACAGGUUCCGCAUGGACAUGCCGCCAGAGACGCUUCCGCCGUCGUACAACACCAAGCUGACGGGCUCGUUGGGCGACGCGGGUCUUGCUUCCAUAGCCUACCUGUUUGUGGUGGGUGUCCAGGACCAAAGUGACGGUCACAUGCACCACCGCGCCGUGUACUUUCCCAUGGAAUGGCGCCCGGGCCACUAUGGCAUGGACCGCAGCUGGCUCCAGCACGACUACCUCCAGGCGCCACUAUUCGACAAGCACUGGAGUCCCGAGAAACUUCUCCAGGGGGUGAGUGAAGUUUUGAAUGAAGAAGGAGAGAGCGAUGUUUUGAAUCAAGAUGGAGAAAGCGAUGUUUUAAAUGAAGAUGGAGAGAGUGAACUGUACAAGGAAGGGGCGAAGAACCAGUCGCAUGACAGCGAAAUGAACGCAGAGGCGGGUGAGGGACAAAAGAAGAAUAAGGCGCACAUUGAUGAUAUGUCGACAGAGGCCGAUGAUACAAAAAAGGCAGCAGGUCCCGGCGAAGAAGCUACAAACAUAAAUGGGAGCAAACAGGGCCUACUGAAAACCAAGAGCUCGAUGAGAGACAAGUUCAUCGAGGACCUAGAUUCGCUCAUCGAGGGCAGCCUCGAGACACUAGCGGCGAAAGAGCGCCGCAAAAGCUCGGUCUGCUUCGUGCGCCCGGAGGAUCGCGGGUUGCUUCGACAGACACCCGAGAAACCCCGGACGUCAUAUCAAAUCCGGGUCAACAGCCAGCCGCUCUGCGUCCUCACAACGUCCAGCGCCGUAUACCAUGUCGGAGAAGACGUGCACUUCCUGUUGAAACUCCACCCUGAUUUCCGGAACCUGCUGCGAAUCGUGGGGCUCACAUCGCACAUCGAGGCACACGAGAUCUUCCAUGUCAAGGACGAGCGGAAGAUCGUCAACAUUUACAAGGUCACACCCACAAUCAAGAGGAAUGUUUAUGCGGACGCGCUUAUGUUCCCCUUUGCUGGCCACGAGGCAAGGGAAAAUGCAAGAACGGGCGACUACAUCAACUUGCCGCGGUUUCUCUGCCAGCAGUUCCAGGCCUCCAUGUUCAUGGAUCUACGCUACUUCAUGGUCUUCCGCUUUGUGCUCAACGACUUCCCAGAAAUGGAAUCGUAUCGCAUCGACAAAGACCCCGAGGCAUUUACAGAGUACGUGCUGGCGUACAAGCUCGAGAACGAGGCGAAUGAGUUUAAGUUCUCGAUCCCAUUAACGGUGUUGCCCUGUAUGCCAUGA